GGGAGAAGAGUAAACCCACCCCCCAACAUAAUCUAGUUACACCAGUGUCCAUGAGUGAACGUGGUCCCCUCAUCCACCCUCCAUAGUUAUUAGUUGUGUUUAAGCUGUGGGACAGCCAAGAAAAUGCCUUUUUCCUAGUUCGAUAACGCAACUGAAAAUUCCCAGCCAGUGAACUCACCAUGAGUCACUGCAUGCGUAAAUCAAGUUUGUAACAUAAACGGCGCGUACAGUUCGCAGGUGAGAAGAGCGCAUGCAUCUCUUAACUGUUCAGUCAUGAGAGAAUGGGAGAAACAAAGAGGAAAAACCAAAAACACUCCCGUUUAGGACUCAUAGUUCCUACUGUUGUUUACUUCUAGAUCCAUAAAUCCCUUUAAAGGGGAGCGGAAAAGAGAAAAGGCGCUCUACAAAGUCAGUGUCUGGAUCAGCCUUACCGCUUCUGGAGUUCUCUAUCCUCGACCCGCCGAAGCCGUUACUCUUUUCCAAGAGAAGCGAGGAAUUUUUCGGCCUCACCCAGCUCCGAGAAGGUGAAGAUGUUGCUUCCCCGGGAUAGCUUGAUUGUAGCCGGGUACAGGAGGAAAGCCUGGAAGCCUCUGGUGCGUGCUUCAUGCAUAACCUUAUAGCAGGGUUUGCGGCGUUUUGCUGUAGCCUGGCUGUAGUCUGGAGCGAACUUCAGCUGGAUUCCAGUCACCUCUGGUGGAUUCUUUCUUGCCUCGUUGAGCAGACGAUCUCUGUCCGUGUAUCGGAGGCACUUCACAAUCAAUGGGCGUGAGCGUUGAGCGUUCCCGGGACCGGAGUUGGACAGAUGACCGAGACGAUGACCUCUCAUCAGCUCUGGUGGGGCAGAAACGAAGGCAGGGAACCAUUUUGGAAUAUACUCCGUCAGAAACCUACCCAAAAUCCAGGAUGAGCAUGGACUUCAGAAUACUCAAAAGCAAGACUGGGAAGCCCUAUUCCAAACUCCCACCUCUUCAUGUAGCUAUUUUGUGUAGCAAGGAGGAGGAGAAAACCCUGUCAUGGAGUUUCAGUGGAGAGGGAGUCUCCUAAGGAAUGACCAAAAAAAAACGGGUCAUCGCGAUUACUGAUGGAAAGGAGGUGGAGAGAGUCGUGGUCUUUGAGUCGGUCAGCCUGCAAUUUGUAGAUAAAAAGGGAUACAUGUUGACGGGGUAUGCCCUGAGGGGGGAGAACCCCCCAUUCAGCAUUAAUUUCACAAGAGAAACAAAACUGUUUAGCUCCGUGGGAGUGCCCAUUACCCCCGAUCUGGAGGAGAGAGGAAGGCAGCUCCUCUACCCACCAUCCCUUAAGUGCAGCCUUCUUGCUGCAAGAGAAGAAACUGCAAUGGUUUCAGUUCAGGGGAAGAUCAAAGAGGUCUCCUCAGUGGGAAAAGUCCAGGUUGGGAGGGACUUUGUCCCAAGAAAAACCUUGAUGUUGGAACAAGAAGCCAUCAGAGUGCAGGUGACACUAUGGAGGGAAGCUGCACUGUUCAGUGUAGCCAUAGGGGCUCAGGUGAGCUUUACUCACCUGAGAGGGAGCCAGAGUCCCUAUGGCUAUGGACUGAACUCCACAGUCCAUACAACCAUGGAGGAAGCCUGCUCUGAAGAGGAGGUCAAUGCCCUUGGAACCAUGGAGGCUGAGGGCAGGCCAGGGAUGCUGCAUCUAUUGACAGCACCUCAUUUCUGAGGCAUUGUGGAGGGAGUUGGAGGCUGAUUUCAAGGAGCUGCCAUUUUAUUUAAGGAUAAUUUUGAGGGGAGGGGUAAAUUACAGAGGCGGA